GCCCCAACAGAUGUUGCCCCAACGGACGUUGCCCCAACGGACGUUGCCCCAACGGACGUUGCCCCAACGGACGUUGCCCCAACGGACGUUGCCCCAACGGACGUUGCCCCAACGGACGUUGCCCCAACGGAUGUUGCCCCAAUGGAUGUUACCCCAACGGAUGUUACCCCAACAGACGGUGCCCCAACGGAUGUUACCCCAACAGACGGUGCCCCAACGGAUGUUGCCCCAACGAACGUUGUCCCAACCGACGUUACCCCAACGGACGUUGCCCCAACUGGCAAUGUUGCCCCGGGGAACAGUCCUCCAACUGUUGUUGCCCCAACUAGCGUUGCCCCAACUAGCAUUACCCCAACCGUCGUUGCCCCAGCGGACGUUACCCCAACUGACGUUGCCCCAACCAAAGUUACCUCAAUCCCUGUUACCCAAACCAAUAUUACCCCCACCACCAAAACCAACUUACCCUCAACUCGAGUUUUACCGAAACUACAACCAAUGCCCGACAAUCUGAUUCCUUUAAAACUUGCGAACAUAAAAGUUCCGUUGUCGAGAUGUGACGCGAUGCUGACAAACACAAAGCAUUCACCAAACAACAUGUUUAAGAUUGGCAACAAGAUUGAAGUGAAGUCCACCCCCCCACCACUCACAACACUGAAGAACCUGUUUGUCCUCGGUAAGGGUGGGGUUCGUACCCCUAUACAGCUUGGGGCAGGGGGCCGUAUUGUCACAGGGGUGGGGAACCAAAACCUUGUGCUGCUCCAACAAAACACAUCAACCACAAAAACCCCCACAAACAACCGAGUUUCUCGUGAAUUAAAACGCCUUCGGUUCACGGCUGCCGGUCCCAAGAUGCAGAAAGUAAACGCCAACCCUACAGAGAAGCCACUCAGCAACGAGACUUCACAAACCAAAGUGGAACCGACCACUCCUGUGAAGAGGAAGGGACCUUUCAGGUUGGGAGAGGAUGAGGGGUAUAAACAAUACACCAAUUAUUAUGUGGAAAAUCCACUUGCGUUGAAUAAAUAUCAGCAUAAGGAAGAGAAAGAUCGCGAACGACACGUGGGGUACAAAUAUACCGUGAACUCUGCCGUUACGUUUGAAUGGACAGGGGCUUUACUGGGAGCUAAGGAGGAGAUGGUGCAUACACUGAGGUUGGCCCUGUUUAGCUUCGAACAGCAGAUCCCGUUGUGUUUCAUGCAUUCUAAGUGGGAUCAAUAUAGAAAAAUGUGGGGGAGGAUGUUACUAAAGAAUGAUUCAGCUCGAGCGUUUGCUGUCGUGUUGGGGAUCAUGGAGAUGGCUAUCAGGAAUAAUGCCAAGAAGCCGGUGUGGAAAGAAUCAAUGGGACAAGUGACGUUACGAAGGGUGACGUCUUCGGAAAAAGAAGAUUUUGAAAAGAAACGAAAAAAGAAGAUCAAAGAAGAGGAGGACCUUGCAACAAGGAACGCUGUGUGGUGCAAAUAUCCGCUUCCUGUUCGCAGCAUGAUGGUAUGGAAGAUGAAAGGAGAAGAAUACCGAGUGACGGGGGGCGAUGGUUGGAGGUGGAUCUCGUCUACUUUCCAAUCAAAGAUUAAACCUUCGAAUAUGAAACCAUACACCACUGUAUUCACUAAUGGGGUUGAGAAAGAUAAAAUGGAUAUUGCUGAAGAAUGUAUGGAUGUGUCCUCUCCCAAGACAACUGAGGCCGUGUCUUCUACCACGACAACUGAGGCCGUGUUUUCUGCCACGACAACUGAGGCUGCGUCUUCUGCCACGACAACUGAGGCCGUGUUUUCUGCCACGACAACUGAAGCCGUGUCUUCUGCCACGACAACUGAGGCCACGUCUUCUGCCACGACAACUGAGGCCACGUGUUCUGCCACGACAACUGAGGCCGCGUCUUCUGCCACGACAACUGAGGCCGUGUCUUCUGCCACAGCAACUGAGGCCGUAACUUCUGCCACGACAACUGAGGCCGUGUCUUUUGCCACGACAACUGAGGCUAUGUCUUCUGCCACGAUAACUAAGGCCGUGUCUUCAGCCACGACAACUGAGGCUUUGUCUUCUGCCACGACAACUGAGGCCGUGUCUUCUGCCACGAUAACUGAGGCCGUGUCUUCUGCCACAACAACUGAGGCUGUGUCUUCUGCCACAACAACUGAGGCUGCGUCUUCUGCCAAGACAACUGAGGCCGUGUCUUCUGCCACAACAACUGAGGCUGCGUCUUCUGCCACGACAACUGAGGCCGUGUCUUCUGCCACGACAACUAAGGUCGUGUCUUCUGCCACAGAAACCAAUAAAAUUAUUCAAAACCGUACAAAUUUAAACCCUGCUGAUAAACAAUCAUUCAAUGAUGAUGAAAUAAAGAAAUUAUUGUCGGAAAGUGACGUGAUAAACGUCUCCCGCAACUUGUUGAUGCGCAGUGUGGUGUAUCUGCGUAGAUGGGAACCUUCAAAACUCGACAAACUUCUACGAUGGAGGAUAUUACAAGAAAAGAAACUUAAGUUGGAUGCAAUAAAAGACAAGAAAACAUUGGAUUUAAAAAAAAAUUCAGCAAGUGUUAAUUCUCGUAUUGGGGUAAAACCCCCAUGUAGUGCCAGCGAUGUACUUGCUUCUCUUCCGUUUAAAGUGAAGCAACCGCUGGUGAACGAGACUUCGGCUAACUCUGGUUCGGAGCUCGAGAUAUCGGACGAUGAAGAUGGGUUAGUUGAGUCGGUGGUGCGUGACCUUUGUAAGGAACUUGUGGGUCGUGUAUCACGGGAAUACCCGGGGUGUAACGAGGUCACCCACACUACGGGGUUUACUACGAGUAGUACUGUUCCAACCGCAGCUGCUUCGUUACCACGGCAAUCAUCGGUCGACCUCGGUGACUCACGACCUUCAACCCCGUCUCUCCAUCGCGCUCGUGUGGUGCCAAUGACAUCAUUAGGUCGUGUUUCGAGAAGGUUUGGUUACCGUCGGCAACGAGGACAAGCCAACCAAUCACCUUCACCGAUGAGUUUAGGUUGGAAACUUGAACGAUUCAAUGAAAACAACGUGAAGAAUAAAACCAAUAUUGUGAAGAUGCCAAUACCAUGGAAGUUUUCUGUUGGGGUUGGGAAAAAGAAGAACAUAUUCAGGUUGCCACGCGAGAAUGUUCGUUACUUAGCCAUAAGAGCGGGACUCACAUAUGCACCACAAGGUUUCCAUUAUGUGAACAAGCUACCAUCUGGUUUAGAGAUUUUUUGGGGAUAUCCGUGUUGCAGGCCAACCAAUGGAACAGCAUGGAGAUACAAAAUACAAAACGCACGAACAUUGUCAACUAUAGCCCAUUUAUUGCGAGUGUUGUGGCAUUCCAUUAGAUGGGAUGAUAUGGUCACGGAGCCUAAUAAUGAAGAUUCUGUACACGCGGUGCACACAGAAGAAGACAUCAUUACCACCGAGUUGUUGAAACGACGAGACAUCGGGCGUAGUGGUUUAGUGUCACAAUAUUUUGUGCGAAGGAUUAUCGUUCCUAACACCGAUGAAGAAGAGGAGAUCCCUAAGAGUGAAGCGUACACCCCGUCGUCAAGAGCCGGGUUAAGGUCGAGGUCGCGACCGAUUGGUCUUCGUGAUCGUGUUCGUAAGGAUGUGGAGAACCAACCACGUGUGGAAACUGUGUGGUUGCCUGAGGAUAAGAUUGAGUUGUGGCAAAUACGACAGUUUGAUACAAUGGUUCGAGAACAGCAGAAGAAGAACCUCCAAACCCCCCCUCCCACCAAACCGACCCCCAUCGUUACCAAGCUGCCAACCCCAUUAUUCACCCCUAAGAAACAUGUCACAAUAACCUCGUCCUUGCUCCAACAAGCAGCUGCGUUACAUAAACCUCAGGUUUCUGAUAAAAACCUCGUGUUUACGAUGAAUCGAGCGAUAAAACAAGUUGACGCUUCACCAAACAACAUGAGUAGCGCUGUCGUCAAGACAACAGGUGGCCUUCAUAAAAUAUUGAUUCGCAAACCUGUCAAUCAACCACAAGUUGUCGCCAUCAAGUCCACUACAGCAUUACCCACACCUACUAGUGGUCAAACCAUAAUUCGAACGAGCGGAGGUCAAUACAUCGUUCAUGGGAACAAGAUACCACGUCCUAUAUUGAUUAAACCAGCAGGCACUCCAACCACCCCAAAGCAACCAACUCAUCCAACUAUAAGGUUGCCAGGUGUGGCCCAACAAGCCACGCCCCCAGCCCCGCCCACCCAAACACCCACCACAAACAACCAAAGCCCAAAACAGCUAGCAUCGAACAUGCAAGUGAAGUUAUCAGCCGUGCAACUCGCGCAACUUAUGAAGAUGGGGGACAACUCACAUAUAAAAGUGAAUGUGAAGCUAAGUGAUGGAAGUCCAGGGUUUGGAUUAAUGCAAGCGAUACCACCUGGCGGCCAAGUAGCACCAGGUCCAGGGCAACAGUUGAUGCAAUGUAAGGUUGGGAACGAGGUUCGAAGGUUCCUGUUGUCGCCUGUGGUAGAGAAAGCCCCGACCAGCCAACCCUCAGGUAACGAGGUGAUUCUUCACACUCCAAGUUUGCGGCAGCGUUUGGAACAAAUCCAACAACGACAACAACAACUACGGAAGCAACCAUUCACUACCGGGGUGCGACGAUUAUUGACGGACAAAGACCCAUUGUGGGGGGGAAGGCCUUCAACACCGGAUAAACAAAACUUAGAGAAACGAAGAGAAAUUGAACGACCUCGUAAAAAGUAUCUCGCUAAAGAGACGAGGGAAGAACAGCAAAGGCGUGGUGUUGUGCAACAAGUAAUGAAAGCGCUUCUCGAUCGUAUUGAGAGGAGAGAGGAAGUCGAGAUAAAGAAGAGAAAAAGGGAGGAACAUUUGGAGCAACAGAAGAGGAGGAGGGAGAGCCAAGAUGAAAUGAAAUCCCAGCAAAGAUUGCAUUCAAAGUUAUCGCAUACACUUCGUAAACAUGAAGAAUUGGUGAAGCAAGAUAUUCGUAAACGGAAGUCAAUUGUUCAUCGAUAUUUGACGAAAGUGGUUGAGAAUGAGCUUCAUGUUGAUCAAAAGAAAAUCCCGAAGAUGAAACGUAAAGGUCGUCCGAGGGCGCCGAAGAGCAACCUGCUAACAACGGAGUCUGCGUUAUCGAAUAUACUAACGGAGAACAACAAGAAACAAUCUCCCAGAAAACCUCGUAAACGACCUCGAUCACCUGAUGUCGUGGAAAUUCCGACGAAGAAGAAAAAGAUGAUAAACACUUCGUCCAAACUUUAUUGUGUUUGUAAAUCAGUGUAUGACGAGACAAGGUUUUACAUCGGUUGUGAUCUUUGUAUGAAUUGGUUCCAUGGUAGCUGUGUUGGGAUCAAUGAGAAGAAAGCAAAACAAAUGGAGGGCUGGGUUUGUAAAGAUUGUCAGAAGGAACAAAACGACCCGCAACAAGAACUUUAUUGUUUAUGUCGAACACCAUAUGAUGACACCCAAUUCUACAUCGGUUGUGACGCAUGCCAGGAUUGGUACCAUGGUAGUUGCGUCGGGAUAAGUGAGGGGGAGUCGGCAAACAUCGAGAGUUAUACUUGUCCACGAUGUAAACAGCAAGCACGCGAUGCUUCCAUGGAAGACACGUUAUCGGAUCGUGAUUAUUAUAAUCUGACCAAGAUUGUCCGUUAUUUACAGAAUCAUAAGAUGGCGUGGCCGUUUCUGGAGCCCGUUCGUGAGGACGACGCCCCUGGGUAUUAUAAAGUUGUUAAGCGGCCCAUGGACAUCCAGACAGUCAUGAAGAGACUUGCCUGUCGAUAUUACAUCAAGUUAUCCGAACUUGUGGGCGACGUAUCGCUUAUUUUCGAUAAUUGUCGCCAGUAUAACGGAGCGGAUUCAAAAAUAGUACGGUGCGCUGAAAUUGUUGAAUCCGUCUUUGUUGGGAAAAUGCGAGAAUUACGAAACAAAACAAGAUGAUGUUUCUAUGUUCAACUGCUUUGUGACGUCAUAAUAAAUGUGUUUUGUAACAAACGUCAAUUGUAUUUUAAUAGAAAUAAAGUUUGAAACUUCAGCGAC